UUCCAAAUUCGGAGCACGAAGCUCAGUGUCGUCAACACGAAUAAACGGAAUAAACAUCAGAGCCACUCAAAAAGGAAACAUAAACAAAGUGAACCAUUGUUAAAAUCUUCGUUUCCGAAAAAAGAUAGAUAUGGUUAAGAAAUCAAUUGAUUUUUAGCAACCAAUAUACUCAUUUAUGGAAAAAUCUAAUAUCGUUUGUACAUGUAUAAACUUGUGGAAUAAUUUUUGAGGCAUCUGCAGUUAUAAUAUUGCUGACGAGCAAAAAACAUUGUGCCUUCCAGCAAAUAUAUAACAAAAUGGAAUAUAGGGAACAAAUCCGAUGGUUCUUAAAGCGGCUACAUCAAAACGAGCACAAAAUCGUAAAUGUCGAGGAAAGGACCGAUAUCAGCCGUUCACCCCGCUCGGCCAUCAAUCUAAAUAAGAUAAAAUUCCAGCAUAUUUCGAAGCAACAUUGUACAAUAUCAUGUGAAAAUGGACUGGCCACUUUAACGGAUGAGACGUCAUCCUCCGGUACAUUUGUGAACGAUCGUAAGUUCAACCGCGAUCAUCCUGGUUCCGUGAUUUUAUCCGAAGGAGAUCUGGUAGGGAUCGGUACGUCAUGUUUCAAUCCACAGUCGUUCUACGAAUCGAACGAUAACGUUUUGCUGUACCAGGUCUGCAAGGAUCGCAAUCGGAUUAUUAGAGAUGGCGAUGUUGAAACGAUUCUAAGCAGCGAUGAAGAGCUGGAGGAUAUUGGUGCGAAUGAUUUACCACAAGCGCAAGAGGAGGUAAAUCCAGUCAAUCCAUUCAAUAGGGCACCUGUUUAUCGGAUAGUGGAACAAAUUGACCUCUCAUCUGACGAUGAAGGUGUAAAAUGCCAGGAUUCUGUUGAACGAAUGAGACGGCUAGAUGAAGGAAUUCUAGCUGAGACUGAGAAGAGGGCUAUAGAGAUGGAACAGAGUGAGAGAGAGGAUGUGGUUGGACAAAAAACGAAAAAAAUAGAAGAGCGACCGAUCAACUUGGAAAAUGACCAAAAACGAUACUCUGGAAACGCACACGAAUCCAAUGGCAGCCACAGGCAAAACGUUGGAAACGAACAGGAAAGGAGAGAUUGCACUGCCGAAGUAAACAAUAACUCUUCACGCCAAAUACCUCCGAUUAAGCAAGAGGUCCAAUCAGUUAGCGAACAUUAUAAUGGUGAAAAAAAUGAUGAAAUUGCGGAGCCGAUGAUUAUCGAUUUAGAACAAGAAUCAGAUCAAAUUGAAGACCUGUUUCGCGAUUCUUACGCGGCCCCCAGUCCGGAGCGAGAGAAUAUUAUCUCGGUAGACGAUAGCGAUGAGGAUGAAAACGAUUUUAGUGAGCAGAAACUCACGCAGUCUUUUUACCGUCAAAUAAAGCAGGAAGCCUUAGCUGCUGAUUUAGAGGACGACGAUGAACCGGAACCGGUACAGAAUGAUGAAGUGCCCAACAUUGAAAAUGUAGCCGUCGAACAGGUUUCUAAAGAAGUUUCAGCUUCUGUGCCAGUUUACAUCUCCGAUGAAGAAAACGAAGAAGACUUGGAGGAUUCUAAACGAUGGUUCAUGCGUUUGUCUCAACGAAAUUCUCCACUUAGAAGCAAACCAAAAGGUUCCGAAAGGAGUACGAUUGCUUCCAAGGACAAAUGCGGUAUAUUAUGUUCCGUUGCUGUUCCUGCCAGUGUUGAACCGAUCAGCAUAGACGAUUAUUGCUCACGAGACCAGGAAAUACCAACCGAUGUGCUCGAGGGUCUCCUGGAAGGAAUAUGCGACGAGGAACCGCCGCCCGAUUUGGGUUCUCACGGCAAAAGAAAAAUGUCUCUCGAGUCAAUUGACGAUGGGCAGACUCAUACGGAAGUUUCGAGUUCAUCAAAGAGAUCAUUCGAAAAAAAUCAUCAACAUCAGUCCAAGAAAGUGAGCGAGAAUAAAGAAAACAAUAAAAAGCGACACGAUUCAGAGAGCGAUAAGCACUCUCGUGUCCGAAAAAAGAUGAAAUCAAUGGACUCAACUAGUUCAAAUACUACCCAAUCAACUGGGUUGAAACCGUCGGCAACGGAAGCCAGGCGAGCCAGUAUACACGGGAAAGAUAUCAAUAGUGCAUCGAACGUUUGGAUCAGCCGAAAAGUGCCAUAUGCUGAACCGCAUCGAAUUCAUAAACGUGGGAUGAAUUCUAAUGCUGCUUCCUCAAGUAAAAAACAUUCGAAGUCAUCCAGUUCUUCCAGUUCCUCACUUCAAAAACCAGAAAACAAAGAAAUAAUCAAACAGAAAUUAAAACAUAUUGAAGCCAAGAAACCCGAAACAAAAGACUCGAGUGCACCAGGCUCCAAAUCCCACACCAUACCAAAGGUCAAAUUUACUCCCAACAAUCGAGGUGCCUUUCUCACGGAGGAAAUUCCUGCGCCUGCCAAAUCAAACGCGAAAAAACGCGUAUCAGUUCCUGUCCAAACGGGCGCUGAUGAUCUGGUGUGCACGCAAUCUACUGUACUUGACAACAUUCCUCUCAUUGGACCGGAUAUAGACAUUCCCGUUACCAAAGCUCCUAAGCUCACGUUCGAUAGUGUAGCAAAAGUGAGUAACGUGGCGCAGAAAGCGCCAGCAUUCAAAAUUCCAAAACGUCGAAACUCGUGCGUCAGAAAGUCACCUGUUGAUGAAAUAGCCCGAUUGCUUGAAUCUUGUUACGACAAAAGCGAUCCCGUCACUGAAAAAGUUCCCCCAAAGGUGAAGCCCACUUCAGAACCAGAUAAACCCACUCCAGUACCAGAGAUUGCGCGCGUCCCAAGCCCUGGCAGAGAGGACAGAUUGAAAUCUAUUUUAAAAUCCCCAACGGGACUCCGCCGGAAAUCAACCAAGAGUGUGAAUUGGAAAAACGUACUCUCCGAAACGCGAAUGUUUGAAAUAGACGAAGGCAAUUUUAUGUGCACCCAAACGAAGCUUUACAAGGAUAACAAAGAGUACGUGAGGGAUGUGUCGCUGGCGAGUUGUCGGAAUGAUAUAGUACAGGAAAUCACCAGCUGGAACGCCGAAUGGUUUGAUAACCCCUCGGAGGCAGCAAUCAACAGUGAGAAGCUCCUUCCGAUGGUCGAAGAGUACCAAGAUUUUGAGGAUUACAAGCGGAUAGUUUUGCCCAUAUUGAAGACUGAAUUGUUCCACGAUAUACUCAGUCAGUAUGAGGAGAUGAAGAAGAAGUCUCAGGAACCGAUCGCUAUGAAGGUGAACCAGAUCCGUUCGCAAGGCCGAACGUUCGUGCUCAACUGUAGUGUUGUAAACAGCAAUCGACAAAGCGUCAAUAAGAACGACUACGUUCUGAUCAUAUUCAACGAUAGUACCAACGGGAGGGAGGUACGGAUACCAGCCGUGGUGACCUCUCGACGCCACCAGAGUCAGUAUGCCGCUGAGAACGGUCUCAAAUUCUACCACUGUACGGUGGAAGCCACCAAAACUAUGCUCUCUGAACAGAUACGCAACGGAAACGCUCUCAAUUAUCGCAUCUUGUCAAUCACUCAGAUCAACAUGCACAUGCGACAGUUUCACGCACUGUUCAAUCUGCAGAACACGCUUCUGCUGAGAAAUAUACUCUCGCCGAGAAGUAAUUGUUACACUCCCGUUAGAACUCUGGAUCCUCGCACCUACAAGGGAAAGGUAUGUAUGGAGCAGCAGUUCCCCCAAGAAUACGAAUUACUAACAACAUAUAUCCGAAAGGAGGUACUCAACAAGCAACAGGGUGAUACUUUGCUGACCGUUUUCCAAGAGUGUUUGGAUAUGACUCGACCGCACAUUAUGCUAAUCCAGGGACCACCGGGUACCGGGAAAUCAAGACUGAUAUGCAACCUACUGAUACAACUGCACCAAGGAAUGCCGAAGGAGAGCCGACUGAAAAUACUCGUUUGUGCCCAAUCGAAUACUGCUGUAGAUGUGAUAGUGCUCAAGCUGUUGAAGUUGUUUAGACUGUUGAGUCGAGACAAACAAUGCAAUAUACUAAGGACAGGAACACCGAACAAAGUCAAUAGUGAGUGUAAAAUUGUGUUUUUGGAUUAUAUUGCCCGCAAACAUGUUGAUGAACAGAUCAAGCGCCGCAAGUUGAGGGAUGAGGAUCCUAUAUAUGAGACAUACUUUUCCGAGAAAGAAUCUUUCGAACGUAAAAUUAAACACCUGCAAACAGAAUUGCAGAGAUGUAACGGAUACCAGAGUGUCCAGAGCGUGCGCGUUCAGGAAGAGAUCCGCGAGUUGCAGGAGCGUUUGGAACGAGUAAAACAGUUACUGCCAGAGUACGUGGACAGCAUGGAUCUGCACGACGAUAAUCGUCGCAACCUGGAGAUGGGAAUCAAAAAGCAACUUGUUUCGAAGGCCGAUAUAAUAUGCACGACUUUGGGAAGUUGUGGUAGUUUGACGGAUUAUAAUCAGGCGAUGAAAUUCGAUGUGUGCAUCAUUGACGAAGCGACUCAAUGCACGGAAAUUGCGUCCUUUACACCGCUCCAGUACGAUGUCAAGAAGCUCAUUCUAGUCGGAGACGUGAAACAACUUCCACCGCUAGUGCUUGGUAAAGAAUGUGCGGAGGCUGGUUUGAAGAAUUCGCUGUUCGCACGGAUUCAGAACUCUUUCAUCGGUACCCAUCUGGAGGGAGUAAAAACGCUUACCACGCAAUAUCGCAUGCAUCCGGAGAUUCUAAAGUGGCCGAACGAAUAUUUCUACGAUGGCAAGCUGACCAGUGAACCGAAGUCUACAAGCUUCAACAGUUUUCCUUUCAAGCCGUACACGGUUUUCAGCCUGGAGUAUCAGCAGAAUAUGACACAGAUGGAACAUCAAAUUUAUAACAACGAUGAAAUUCAGUUUGUGUUAAAAUUGCUAACUGAAAUGAUUCAAUAUUGUGAACGGCAUACUUCGAUCGCUAUAAUCACGCCUUAUACGCGACACAAGCGAGAAUGUGAAAAAUUCCUGUUCAAGAAGAAAAUAACGCAAGUGUCGGUAUUGUCCAUCGAUUCCGUGCAGGGUCAGGAAUAUGACGUUGUUAUCAUAUCUUUGGCCCGAACGGUUGGUACGGGAUUUCUGGACAGUCCUCAGCGUUUGAAUGUAGCGUUAACGCGUGCAAGGAAGUGUCUUAUCAUGUGUGGAAACUUUUACGAUUUGAAGGAUGUUCCGGUGUGGUCGGCCUUGCUUCAGGAUGCUGAGGAUCGAAAGUUGCUGUAUCACAUAGAGGACGACGAUGGGUACGACGAUGAUGUAAAUAGUUUUGUAGAAAAGGUGAUGAAACACUUAAGAAAGCCACUUACCGGCGAUGCCAAUCACUAGAACCAUAGGUGCGAAAGAUAAAAUUUAAGAAAUCAUGCCAAAAAUUCGAACUUCCGAAUAGUCAUCUGUUCCUACAUGAGAACGAAUUUAACGUUUGCCUCGAGAUUCAGAUGCUAAGCCUUAGCGUACGCAGUAUUGUAUUCUUUAAUGUAGUUCGCGAUUAACUUUAUUUUAUUUUUGUUCAGUGCUAUAUUUUUCUGAGUUCAGAAAAAAAAUCGUGUAAUCGAGACAAUACUCUAAAAAUAGAAACGCUAUUUUAAA